GAUUUGUUAGCGGAUAAUUUAAUUGCUCAGUUUCAUUUUUAUUGUGUGACGGCUGGCGUAGUCACUAUUCUUUGUUUGUAUGAUAGAGGAAUAAUUUAGCCCCUAUUUAGCUUAAGAGUGUCGUUUUGCAAGUUUAUUUAAUUUCUGAUUGCUUGUUUUCCUCAAACAUAGUGUUUUUUGUGCUUUAGAAACAACUGUUUGGUUCUCACUAGUGUUAGGGUUAUUCAGAGUUGAUUUUAAGUCAGUGGGGAUUAAGUCAACAUAUUACUUUCAGGGUAAACUAAUUAUGCUUACAUGUUGGUAACAAGGCUAGGGGUCAAACUUUAGAGUGAAAGUUAUAUAUGGAUUCAUCGAGAGCUGGCCUUAUUCAUCUUCAGUCUUUAGAAGUAAGGAAGGGGUCUCAAGCAAUGUGUUAAUCUUCUUGAUUUAUAAUGCUAGUACGGUCUAGUCUGGUGUUCGAUAUGCCAGCAUAAGGUGCUAAUACUAAGUCUUUCUUUUCAGAAUUCCAUUAAUUUACUACUCGGUACAUGAAACAAAACUUCCUUUCCUAUUUCCAACCCUAAGUAAAAGGAAAGGAUUGAGCAAUAAAAUCAAGUCUUUCAAAAGAGGCUUGGUCCUCAAACUAACCUUGCUUUUGCGCGUUUGCGGCAUUAAAAUCAUAUUUGGUCAACUUUUACCUAAAUUGUUUCAGUUAAAGUUCAUGUUUCUUAAAUCAAAUUCGUUUCUGUGGUUUGCCGUAUUUGUCUAUUUUUAAUACUUGCUAGGUUGUGUAUUUCUGUCGUUUUUCAUAUGGGUUUGAUUGAUUUUGUAGUUUUACUGCCCGGUCCUGAUUUUUUAUGUAAGGAUUAAAUUUAUGUGUAAAUCUUGUCCAUAAUGGUUGGCUGUACUCAUUAGUGUAGGUAUCACUUGUUUAUCCCCUGUUAAAAAAGGAAUGCAAUGUGAUGGAUUUAGUAAAUAGUUAUGCCUGCUCCGGUUUGGGCGGCCGGGUAGUAUUCCAGCCCUCACGAAUCGAAUAUAUAUAUAUAUAUAUAUAUAUAUAAUAUACAGUGCCUCCUUAUACCAAUGUUUAUAUGUUUAGAUAAAUAAAUGGAUAAGUAAACAAAUAGUUAUGCAAGAUGCCUUUCCGUUUUACAUUCACUACAUGCCUUACUCUCAUCGACUUUGCUGUUAGGGUGGGACGUUACCGAUCCAGGAGGCGAUAGGGCUUCUUACGUUAGCGAAAAAGAAAGUUCGCUUUAGUACUGGAGAUUCGGAUACUGACACCAUAGAGUAUGUUAUAAGUGCAACAACCGGAAGAACUAAACAACUGGAAAACGUGAAAAGCCGAGAAAUCAAUAGCAAAACACUCGAAGAGUGGAAUUCUGUAUGGUGGGCCACGUAUUCGUAAAGUUGAUUGUAAAGUCAUUUUAUUCAAAGACCUAAAUGAAACUGUCGCCAAUCCAAAAAGUCAUGAUAUGAAAUUUUCAAAUGAGGGAGAAUGGAAAUUAGUGCAAAUUUAGAGCAGAAAAUACCCAUGCCCAUCAACAGAUUACCAUCUCUGGUUGGUAAGAUGUCUUUAGGCAGCUACCAUUUCGAGUCACUUAAGAAAUAGCGAAUGCUUUCAUUAGUUUGGUUUAUUUUUGUAAGCAAUUAGAGUUGAUGGUUAGUUAAGUAUUUCUAGACUCCACCAUUUUACUGAAUGGACAUAGUAUGGCUAGUUUAUUUUGAAAUAUACCCAUUCUCUUGCUUGCUCUCAUUUUAUUUUAAACUUCUUUCUCAAGACUAAGUUUGAAAGAUACAAAAGUCCAUAAACCUCUCUGCACAUCUUUUUCACUUAAUUAAAUCUCUUGUAAAUGGCGAAAAUAUGUUAGACUACCACAAUGAUCAAACACUUGAUCCCCGUAGUAAUACGUUUUUCUAAACCACCCUGUGCUGAUGUAACUAAAUACUUUUUUCAUCAGUGUUGCCAUUCAAGUUUCUUUCGUCAGUCUCACUUUUGGAUUGGGGGGCCGUUAUUCCCCGACGGAUAGACCAGUAAAGUUGUUCACAGAAAUGCUCUAAUUAAUUUCUUAAUUUUUAGGUUUGAACUGUGCUUAAAUUUUACAUAUCCGCCUGUCUUGAUCUGAUCCUGUCUCAUACUAACGAGUUUUUAACUUCUUAUACUAUCCAAGUCAAUCAUGAGCUCGUAUUCGUCUCCGCGAACCCCUAAUGACGCAGACAGUGAUAUGGACUUCUCCAUUUACUCACCUAGUAGCGAGUUUGAUUUGGAUUUCACGUUCAGGUCCUUAAAGAAAGGAGCUUAUAAUAAGGAAGAAGAUUUAAAUCGCAAACAUUUCAACUCACCGGAAUCAUUACUCGUCUUAACAGCCAAAGCAAUCGCUCUACACUUCCCAUUUGAGGUUGUUGAAUCCAGUCCAGUUACUGUGCCAGAAGAAUUGCAAAGACUUAUAGCUUUUCAUAGCUUUCCAACUGAUGAAGAUGAUAUAUGGUUGUAUUCCUGUCUUAGCAGCGGGGGUUCAUACGAAUUUGAUCAGGGUGAAGCAUUGUGGGCUGAUAAAGCUGUUAAAGAGUGUGUUCAGAUCGGAUUUCAUCUGAGCGCAACUGUAUUGACAAGUCUUCAUAUUGCACCUGCUUUUGUACCUCCAGCAAAUAACGAGGAGAAUGGUACAAAUAAUAAUAAUAAUAUUAAUAACCCUAGUUCCAUUGGUCAUUUCAUUCCAUAUGUUAUCAAUCCUAAUCCAAAUGAUACACAACGUGGACAGUCGAAUUCUGAAAAUUUUGGAGCUGCGAAUGAAAAUACUGUCAAUAAUACUAAUAAUAAUGGUAACAAUAAUAGAUUACGAAAACGUGGAAUUAAUAUUGAGCCUGAUUAUCCUGCUCAUCGAGUUUCAUUGACAUUCGAUCGACAGAGAAUAACUUCAUGCUCAUGCACGUGUACUUUCGGCUUAGAGGAAAGAUGUACAGCUCUUGAAUCACCUUCAAAUUUUGGAGAUAAUAUAAUAAAUUUAGACUCCACAGAAAACGUUAGUAAUUCUAUCAAAUCAAAUUCUUUUGCCUAUCAACCAAUGACUGCAACAGAACCAAAUUCUGGUACUCUGUGGCAAUUCGGUGCUAGAAAUAGGUCAAUUUUUACAAAUUCUCAUAUUAACUCACGCCAAAUGUCUGGUCAACUUAAUAAUUAUUUUCCAAAUAGUAAUUGUUUGUCAAAAAAUUCAUAUAAUCAAACAUCUCCCAACAGUCGUCGUUCUUGGUUGUUUAAUCAACAUAUUGUAAAUCAAAAUAACAUACGUAAUGAUUUGAUGCCGACAAAUGGGCAAAAUCCUACAGGAACAUGGUGUUCACAUGUUGUUGCCACAUGUUUAAUGCGUAUUCGACAACCUGAUAAAGUUUUAUUACGUGCUCCUAUAUCAGAGUCUUUGUCAAAAUUAAGUAGAGAAGAUUUACAAAAAUUUGCCCAAAAUUUAAUUUGUCACGUAGGCCCUAGAAAAAUUUUACCAGCUGCACAGCUUAUUCUGGACCAGUUAUUGGCUGCUACAAAUAAUCCCAUUAAAAAUUCUGCUGGAGCACCCGACCCAACCGUCGGUGGAGCUUUAGGCGAUGCAGCAGCGUGGUGUUUUGAUGGUGGUGUAUUGGAGGAAAAAUUACGAGUUACACUGCGUAGAUUUUGGGCUCCACGACCUGUAUUAUACAGUGAUAUUGGCUCACUAAGUUUUAAUUCACCCACGGAAGUAGAGAAUUUUCACUGUAUACUUCGCUCUUAUCGUGCCAACGAACCACGUGGCCUUUGGGCGUUACUAUCAUUUAUUAGAGAUAUGAUGAAAAGACAAGAUACUAAUGGUGUUUUACUCUUAGAAAUUGUUACACGAUGCAUUUUAGAUAUGAAUGAGGUUAUGUUCUGGUGGUGUACUGUUCAAACUAAUCCUUGUCAUUUUCCUGAAAGUGUAUCUGUUCGUCAAAAACAAACUCAAUGUGUUGCUGUUUGGUUAUGCGAAGAAAUUGUUCAACUUUGGAGUUUAGCUUGUUUAAAUCCCGAACUUCGACCAAUUUUAAAUCAUGUCAAUCAUAAACCAUUGUCACCGUCAUCAUCAUGUGGAAGCGGUUUAUUUUCUACUGAAAAUUGUAAAUCUUAUUCAGAUUGUUGUUGGCUUUUACAAAAAAUUGCUCAUAGGCUACAAGCAUUUCAUGCGUUCGCUUUAAAACAAGCUGAUAUUCAAAUAAAUUUAACAAGUACAACUGCUAAAAAUACGAUGACUAUGGUUUGGUGUGAUACAUUAGGCAAUGGAUUAUUUCCUAAUGAAAUAUCUUCUCAAGAUGACUGUGAUAUAAUACCCAAAAAUAUUUCGCUAUUUUCGGGCUUUUUGCCGGCUCUUGCAGCUUGCAGGCUUUCAUGGUCUUCCGAAGUUCCACCUACAUAUGGCCUCUCCGGUACAGAAUUUCUCAAAUUUAUGCCAUUAUUUUCUGGUGCACAUGUAAAUAGUGAUUCUGAAACAACAGAUUAUGCAGAUGUGAUUUUGAGUUUUUCAAAACAUUAUUACAAUUCCUUGCGAAGUAACAAUGAUAAUAACAAUAACCAUAGUCAUAAUUGUCCAAUUGAAUUAGAUAAUUAUUGGAGUAUAGACCAAAUGAAUUCGCAAUUAUUGAAUAAUCUUCCUUUACCGGAAAAUCAUAUCGAAUUUGCUUUUAUAAGAUUUCAAGCACUUAACACUCAUGGUUAUACGGAACAAGCUUUACAUUGGGCACGUUUUCUAGCUCUUCUAUUACUGUAUACCAGUAAUGAAUUUAUCAAUGAAUGUGAACAAGCUUCUUUUGAGAUUGUUGGCAGAGCAAAAUAUCAAUCUUCUGAAACUAAUACUACUAAUCAUGUAGCUAAUAUCAGUCGGAACACAGACAAUUCACAUAGAACUAAUCUACAAGAUUCAUGUCCUGCUAACUAUCAGUCUAAUUCACGUGUUCAGCAGAAAUCAAUGCCCACAAGUACAGUGUCAAGUUCAUGGAGUUCAAAUGGUAUACCUGGUGGUGUUGGUGGCGGCGCUAGUUCAAAUCCUCGAAGGAAUUCACGAAAUGGACGUUCUAAGAAAACUGGUGCAUGUUCAAACACGAAUAAUCCUCGAGAAACGACAGAGAAAUAUACAAAUUCAAUUAAAUUACACCCAUUAGGUAAAAAAUUAUCCAUUGAAUAUACUAAAAAGGCUAUUCGUUGGCUGGAUCAAAUACGUUGUAUCAUGGAGUGCCUUUCAAAUGCACACAAGGAACGUAUCUUUAGUAUACCGAAUUCUUCAACUAAUGGGAAUAUUUUCUUCCCUAAAACAACACGCUUUGAUAAUACAAAUAAUAGUAUUAUUAACAAUGAUAGUUGUAUAAAUAAUAAUAAUGCUAACCAUAAUACCACUGAUCACAGAAAGCAAACAGAAACUAACAACAUUGAUUUAAAUAAAUCUUUUGAUAUAUGGGAAUGUAUUGAUAUUGAGUUGAUUUUUCGUCUUGGAUUUUGUGCAUUGAAAUUCCCUCGACCACCAUGUUGUAGUCCAUUGUUAGAAGUAAAAUUAUUUGUUAUAGAAAUUGCAUUGCUUACUCGACUUUGUUUUUUACCAAUUCAUAUUGCAUGUCCACAUGUAAUAUCAAGUAUACGUAGUGAAGCUAAACAAUUAGUAUCAAAUUUAACAUUACAUCAAAAAGAUAUUCAUGUCCCAUUCAAUUUGGCCACUUAUUUAUUUCAUCAAUUGGUCGGUGUAGUUCGAUCGAAUGGGAAUUAUUUAUCUUCACAAUCAGUUAAUUUUAUACCACCCAUUCAUCAAGAUACAGAAAAUGUUGCACCAAACAUUAAUAUUUCAUUAAUGGAAAAUUUUUUUGCCUAUCCAGUAUUGUCAACUGGUGCAGUACUAGCUGGAAGUGGUCUACCAUUAGCAAUGGACAUAUAUAAUUACACUAACGGAACUACUUCUAAUCAUCAUUUGUUAGAAUCGGAAAAAAUUGAUCAUCCUAUCAAUGUUCGUAUUGCAUCAGAUGGAGAAUUAGGUUUACAAUCUAUCUUAUCAGUAUUGGGUGUAAAAUCUCGUGUACCAGAAAGAUUAUUCACUUAUUUUAUUGAAGGUCAACGUGCUCAAGAAGAUGCCCUAGCUGUAUAUCUAUUUCGUAUGUAUAGAGAUGAUAUAUCAAAACUUGAUCGAGUUCGUGCACGUUUACUUGAUCGCUACUAUAAUCCAUACUUCAAAUCUCCACCUUUAUGGGCUUGUUUAAGUUUAGGAUCUCGUGAAUUAAUGAAUUUUCAAACAUCAAAUCUCGACUAUAAUUCAGUUCCUGAAGUAGUGGUAACGAGUAAAAUUGAAAACAAAUUGAAUGUAUCACAUAACGCCUGUGUAUCAGUGGCUUCAACAGUCUCACUUGAACUAAAUAAUUUAUCAUCGAAUAAUAAUAAUAAUAAUAAUAAUAAUAAUAAUAAUAAUAAUAAUAAUAAUAAUAGAAACAGCAAAACUCGAGAUGUAUUAAUUUUGUCUUCACCUUCCAACACAAUCACUUCCAAAUUAAAUAAUAAUUUAAUGGAUAACAACACAAUACUAACCCAUGGUAGUGAAGAUCAAAAACAUUCUACAAUAAUUAAAUCGAAUAGUACGAUGGAAAAAAUAGACCAUGACGAUAAUAGCAUCAAUAGUAGUAGUGUUCAUCAAGGGAAUAAAAAUGAUAUAUGUCCUAAUUCCAAUAAUACAACAGAUUCAUCAGAUGUAGAUAAUAUUACUAAAUUAUCUGAGAAUGAUAAACAAUAUGCUCCAGCAAAUAAUGGCAACAAUAAUAAUAAUCUUUGUUCGUUUGAUCCACUAUCGAUUAGCGAAGAUACGGAUACCCUAUCUGACUCAAAACUGGAUAAUUUACAUUGUACUACUCUGUAUGAUGUUCGUAGAAAAAUAUCGCGUCAUUUGAAUACAAUUGAUACUACUACUAGUGCACCGGAAACAACUAGCAGUGAUAAUUCACCUGCUGUCACGCGUCGUUUGAUACUGAUUGGUGCUAAGUCAUCUGAAGCUCAAACAACAGAAAGUAGUGAUGGUGGUGGCGGUUGUGGAGUGAUUGCUGAACGUUAUAAACAAUUGUCUUCGACUCUAUUGGAUCCAGCGAUAAUCAACAAUAAUAAUGAUAAUAAUAAUAAUAAUAAUAAUAAUAAUAACAAUGGAACUCCUUUAAACGGAACUAAUGUUUCAAAUGAAAGUAAAGAUUAUAUUCAACAUGGUGAUAACGUUAGACAAUUUCCCACAGUAGAUGACAAUGUCAUACAAUCAUCUUUCUCUUCAUUCUCUGAUGAUGAAGUUGAUGAUGGUGAUGACGAUGAGGAUGAUGAUGACAAUGAAUGUAUUCCUACUGAGAUGGUCACAAAACAAUCUGUUGCUAAUAGUAUGGGAGUUAGUAAUGAAAAUAAUAAUGAUACUAAUAAUAAUAGUUUCCGGACAAAUUUCGUUCAGUCUGUGCCAAACGAUACUUAUAUCCGUUCAGGAUCUAAUUGUGAAUCUAGGAAUGAUUCAAAAUUUAAUUACACUACAUCAAAAAUUUCAAUGUCUUCUCUUCCUAUUAGAAAUUUAUCUACUGCAGCAGGUCCAUAUCGUUUACGCAUAGGUUGGCAUUCACAUCUUAAACGUCCACCACCACAACCUUUAUCCGAUUCUAUGGCUUUUCAUGCAUUUCAAUUAGCUGAAACAAUUCGUGAAUGUGCUGGUGGUCCAAGUACCAGUGGAUCUAUGUUUGUAGCUGAAACUGAAGCAAAUGAUACUGUUCAUCGUAAUCUCCAAUUAAUAUCGUUUCAAUUAGGACUUUAUGGCUUAGGACUAUUCAAUCGUCUUUUGCCUUCUUGGCAAAAUCGCACGUUCUCAAGAAACGGUGGAUGGAUAAGUCAACAAGUAUUUGAAAUCGGUAUACCGGCUGCUUGUAUUUUAUAUCAUUCUUGGCAACAACAUCUUACAGCAGCAGAAUUAACCGCUAUCGCAUUUCAAUUAUCAAGAGCAAACAAUCGUUCUCUUGUCGAUGUUGCUGCAGAAUUAUGUCUUGCUAGUUUAUCAUUAUGUACAGCUUUAAAACCACAAGAAUUAUACAGAGCAUUAGAACAAUGCGGUGAACAUUCAGGUCAUACUUUAGAACGUGGUUUAUUAUGCGUUGAACGUAGCGCUUAUCAAUCGUCACAUGAUAUUUUACCGGAGAUAUAUUUUUUUAUAGCAAGAAGUUGGUAUACUUUAUAUCAUUCAACCAAUAAGGAAUUUGAACAAGCGCUGAAUUCAUUGGAAUCUUUUAAUAAUUCCAAUCAAUCAUCAUUAAAAAUUCGAAAUGAUAACGAGAAUUUAUCCACGUUUAAUAAAAAUAAUACUAUGAAUACAAUUUUAUCUGACUCAAAUAUUCAUGUUUAUCCUAAUUUAACGAAUUCAGUUCAGGAAUUGACUAAUAACGAUAUUAAUAGUAACAGCAGUGUCACUAAUAAUAAUUGUGAUAUUGGUAAUAAUGCUACUAUCAAUACCACUAUCACUACUACUACUAAUAAUAGUAAUCAUUCUAUUACAGAAAUGUCACUAGUUUCAGAUUCGAACCAUGCAACCAGUGAUAAUAAAAGUAACAAUAAUAAUCCCAUCAAUAGUAUAAAUUUAACCAGUAAUGAUUUAAUUAACGCUUGGUAUUAUUAUCAGUCGGUUAAUUUAUUGCCACCACCAUUAGUGCGAGGUGAUCAACAACCGCAUCAUCAGCAUCAAGAACAACCAAAUCAAUUGAUGUAUGGUGCCUCCAUGCUGUCCCCUGUGAAUUUUAAUUAUAGUGGUUUUUCACUUGGUCAACAACAACACCAAUACACAUCAUUACCCUAUUAUAUGAAUAUGCUCAGUUUACAAACACCUCAGUCAUUAUCGCAACAACAGACAAAUAAUAAUAAUUUAUUGAAUAACAAUAGACCACAAUUACAAUCUACAACGCCACCAACACAACGACAACAACAGUCAGCUCAUCCACCACCUCCUCCUCAUCAUUUACCGUAUUAUUUGCCACAAUCUCAACAUAUAAUGUCACCGAUUCAAUCUAAUGUACCUUACUCAUUCGGAAUGUCAUCUUUACCUCCAGUGGGACCUGUGCAAUCGCCUAGUAAUUAUCUUUUACAUCCACAGUUCAUUCCAAAUACUCCUCUUCCAACUCCAUCAUCAUCUCAGUCAAUAAAUAUGAUUCCAAGUGGUCCAUUUGUCACUAUUCCACAUCAUAUAAAUCCAUCCACUUCACUGUCUCCAACUUUUGGAACUAACGUUCUGCCUUAUUCAACGGAUCAAGUAAUGGAACCAUCGUUGUACGGUUUUAAUCCUGCAAUGACUGCACCAACUGUUCAUCAGUCCAUGGUUUGUAACGUACUUGGUACUCAACCUCAGUCACAAGUGCAGCAACAACAACAUCAAACCGUCGAACCGGUUACGUCAUUAGCAUCUAUAAACACUAUUAAUAACAUACACAGUACUAAUAACAAUUAUGUCAAUAAUGUUAAUUUGAAUACACUACCUGAUAGUACAGUUAUUUCAGUCAAUUCAUUAUCGUCAGUUAUAUCAUCUGCAUUAACAUCAACUCGUCAGUUGACAACAUCAAAUACUGCUUCUAGUUCUGUUGUUGUACAUCCAUCUAUGUCUGAUCAAGGAUCCAUUAUCUCUGAAGGCGAUUCUUGUCGAUUAGCUGAAUCUGUAGCAGAUGGAUUAGGCGAUGAAAACAAUCCAUAUUCUAACAAUAGCAACUCCUCUGGUGACUUGUCAUUGAAUAGUAACAAUAAUAAUAAAGAGAAAUUGUCGAGUAAUACAGCGAAAUCAACAGUCAGUGAAUUACAAUCUUUAAAGUUGAAAGCACAAGCUUAUUUGAUUCGAGCAUUUUUCUGUGCAAAAUGUGCUAUUAAAAAGAUAUCAGCUAGCCAAUCUAAUGUGAAUACAAAUUUUACUCGUCAAAAUCCUAUUGCUGUUUCAAUGCCAUCAAGAAGUAUGCGAGGAAAGCAUCAUCAUUAUCAUAUGCAACAAAGCCAUCGUGGAAAUUCAACAAAUCAUUCACAACGUAGGCAUCUCAUACAAACUGAUACUAAUAGUAAUUGUAUGCUUUCAACUAGCACACGAAAUACCAUAACAACAAAUGAUCAAAAUAGUUGUUUACCAUCUGAGAAUUCAUCAUCAAUGUUUCUUAUGCCUGGUGUAUCAUCAUCUUGUAGAGCAUCGAAUCAAGUCAGAAUAUCCUCAGCUAAUGUUAUCUCAGAUUUUAAUUUGAUCAAUGCUACUACUACUUCUUCUACUACUACUACCACUACUACUAAUGCCAAUUCAAAAUCGUGUAGUGCACAUAUACUGUGGACCUUAGACGUUGCUAGUAGUUUAGGUCUGUUGGCUGUGAAUGAAUAUUGUGAUUUAGUUUUACAAUGUGUCAAUUGUCCUUUGUUAAUGGAACAAAUCACUUCGAAAGUUAUUGACUAUUUUGAAAAAUAUGCAAAAACACAUACACCAGCUUGCAGCGUUAAUAAUGGCAGGGGUGGCUUAGCCCAUAUGCAACAACCUUACAUUGAUGUUUCCUCACCAAAUGCAGUAAUUUCUGAUAACAAUGAUAAAAAUGUAAACUUUUGUUCAAAUAUAUCUCAAAAUUUUCUCAAUCAAUCUCAUACACCUAAUCAGCCAUGGACGACUUCAAUUGCCUCUGUAACUCCCGCAUCUAAUUGGCCAACCAAUUCCAAUCCCUAUGACCUAUAUGAUGUUGUUCAUCCACUGAUUUCUUUACCUUUUCCUCAUUCCGAUCCUAAUAACAUAAACUCCACGUUUAAUUACCAUUCUUUCAUACCACCGUCAAUACUUCCACCGAAUAAUCCAUCUUGGUCACAUCCGUCUGUUCGACCUGUCAGUUAUCCUAUACUACGACAGAAUUUAUCUUCUAAACAAUUGCAUGAAAAUCUUUAUCGAUUUAAACAAAUGAAUUUAAAUUAUGAGCCAAAUAUAAAUGCUAGUCCUUACAUUCUUCCAAACAAUAAACCGAAUAAUUUAAAUGUUGCUUUAAAUCAAUUACCUUUUUACAAUCAGCAGACAAAUCUAUGGCCAAUGAACCCACUGUCCUAUAUUCUUCCUGUUCCUGUUCCUCCACCCCACACAGUAACACCUAGUCCUCUUACACAUCAUCAAAACGAUAUGUAUCUAAAUUCAGUGAUGACAACUACAACAACAGGAACACUAGGAAUGCACCAUAACAGUUACACCACAACAGAUGAAUCAAUAAAACAAAAACCACUUGAAUUUAGCGGUAGAGAUGUGAUAGAGAAUUUGAUUAAUCAUACACACACAUUAUUUCAAAAAUAUAUUGAUCAAAGACUUCAGUAUAUUGGACAAAGUCAAGCUGAGUGGGAUGAAUUCGUUGAUUUAAUUUUAAAAGCGUAUAAUGUUCACUUAAGUAUGCCCGCUAUUGAUUGCGGUUUACAUUGGAAUAACUUAUUGACACGUAUUCGUCGUCAUCAAAAGUGUAGUCCAGCUUUAUGGCAGCGUAUUUUAGCUGGUAUACAAACAGCUGAUUUAAAAAGAUCAACUUAAGUUCUUUUCAGUUUUGUUUUUGUUUGUUUUAAUCGCUCGUUGUCUUUUGCUCAUAAUUUUCUUUCUCAUUGACAGUUGUUAUUUAUAUUCAUUGUGUGUGUAUGUGUUGACAUCUUGUUUAUUUUCUUGGUCACACAAUUUCGUUUACAUCUUGUUCAGGAUACAUUUAUUCUAUAACUGUUUGUAUGUCGCUGUGUUUUAAUUCAUGUCCUCAAUAUUCUCAAUUGUUGUUAGCAUAUCUAAAACGGUUAUUUUCAUCAGUUUCUUUAUUUUCAUCAUACUUUUCAAUUUAGUACAAACGCACGUACUCAAUAUUAUUUGAUUGUAAAAGAGACAAAACAAUCGGGUUUAUUUAAUAUGUAAACAUGAAAAACAAUUCUCUAUUCAUGCAUACAUGCAUCCUCGCAUACUUGUCCUUAAUAAUAAUAAUAAUAAUAAUA